AUGAGCAAUAUGAGUGACUCUACUUUCCCCACUUUUAAUACAUCCUCGUCUCAAACAGACAUGGACGGCAGUGGAGUCGAUCGCGGGGAAACCCCAACCCAGAAAACAAAUGAUCAGAUCUCGACAGAUGACCGAUCUGUUCAAUUUCCCUCUACAUAUUCUCCCUCGAAAUCAAAAUCAGGAAGUGAUGCCAAGGAAAGAGCGUUGGAAUCAUGGGAAUUGUUCAGAGAUGAAUACGUGGACGCACCCAAGUCAAGUGAGGCCCAAUACACCAGUUUGGACUCUCACAAUAAAAGUAGUAAAAGGACAAACAAAGUAUCCUUGCCAAAAUUGCAGGAUGUGCCGUGUCACCUUUUUGAUCAAUUGAAGGACGAGCUUCGCGACUUUACGGAAAAGGAUAUGUGGCGUCUGAGUACGGAUCUUAGAGAAACCUUUGCUAAACUCUUUGGAAUCACCAAAAUUUUUCCUUUAUAUUUAGACCUUUCUGAAUUUGUAAUGAGGUUCUUAGAUGAAAAUGAAUGCUUGUUUAUGUGGAAUGAAAUGGAGUGUAGUAUAAUAUACAUGGGAUCCGACUUGGAAGAAGGAAUUACGAAUUAUCUCAUCCAUCCGAAUAGAAUGUGUUACAUCAUCGAGGACACUUUUGAGCGGGUACCUGUGGAUGAAUAUGAACAUCAAUUGGAGGAAGAAUUUAAAAAUCACAUGGAGGAGGGGCUUAAGAAGAAGAUUUCAGAAGCUAAGGCUAAUCUUGCGGUUCCAAAAGGAAAAAAAACAAGAAAGAAGUCGCGUAAGAAUAAAUAA